AUGGAAUCGGACGAGCGACCAGCCAAGAUUCGCAAACUCAGCAGUCACCAUGACCGUGAUGCACUGCCUGAGACUUCUACGGAUGCCCACAUGCAAGAUGCUGCUGGUACCGCAUCACCACAACCACCCACCACCGCUCCCCUAGCUGAUGCCCCCGAGUCCACCAUACCCACACCGUCAAACCUCUCCGCUGGCACAACAAUCGCAAUCCCCUCCGCCAACACUGCCACCGCUCCCCAAGAAAAUGUCACCAACCCACCCACAACAGCAUCCACCACAACCUCCACUGAUGGCUUCACCAACCCACCCCUCUCCAAGUCCAUGCAAAAGAAACUGCGCAAACAAGCCGAAUGGGAUGCCAAAAAGGAAGACCGCAAGAUCUGGCGCAAGGAAAAGAAUCAAGCAAAGAAAGAGCGCAAGCGCGAGGAAAAACGCACAAACCCGGAUGCCUGGAAGGAAAAGCAAAAGCAAUGGGUCAAACCUACCAUGCUGCCCAUCACUCUGCUCAUCGACUGCGAUUUUGACAACCUGAUGAGGGAUAAUGAGCGUAUCUCGUUGGGAGGUCAGUUGACGAGGUGUUACUCCGACAACAAGAAUGCCGCUUUCAGAGCUCAUCUUGCCGUGUGCAGUUUCAAUGGAAAGUUGAGGGAGAGAUUUGACGGCAUCCUCAACAAGAGCUAUCAGAGUUGGAAGGGCGUCAGAUUCUUGGACCAAGACUUUGUGGUCGCGAGCGAAAAGGCAAAAGAGUGGAUGGCCGAUGACAAGAGAGGAGGAAAACUCGGCGGUGUUUUUGAGAAAUACGCUCCUGCCAAUCCCACCAUCGAAGAGGAGCAACAAGACACCACCACCACUACCCAAGCCAUCACCACCGUCGAAGAACCCGCAGAAGCGAAGACUGAGGAUACCAACACCGAAUCCACCAAGCCCGAGGAGACCACAGACACCAAGCCCCAACUACCCAAACCCAAACACCCCAUCUACAUAAAACCCACCUCUCUUCCCCCAGCAGACCUAGAAACCCUCCACGCCCAAGCCGAAACAAUCUACCUCUCGGCCGACAGCGACUACACCCUCACAGAACUAAAACCCUUCUCCACAUACAUAAUCGGCGGCCUCGUCGACAAGAACCGCGAAAAGGGCAUUUGCGCCGCCCGCGCCGCUGCCGCAGGUGUAAAGACGGCUAGACUGCCGAUCGGCGAUUAUCUAGCCAUGGCAAGCAGAAAGGUACUCACGACAAACCAUGUGCAUGAGAUUAUGCUCAAAUGGCUUGAAUGUGGGGAUUGGGGAGAGGCGUUUAUGAGUGUCAUCCCCAAGAGAAAAGGAGGGCAACUUAAGGGGUAUGGGGGUGAAGGAGUAGAGGGAGAUGAAGAUGCAGAUGGGAAUGCUGAUGAGGAAAACGAUCAUGUCGAGCAUAUUGAAGAGAGAGAAGAGGAAGAGGCCGAGGAGGAAAACGAGGCAGAUGCAGCAGCAGAGCAAACUGCUGGGGCUGAGAAAACGGACUAG